AUGCUUGAUAAAAAAUUGACAACUUUGAUUUGGAUUUUGACUAUCGCUUUACAAUUUUUUCAAAUUACUACGCCAAAAACUAAUAAUAUGACAACUAUUGCGUCAUUCGAUGACGCAAGUUUAUAUAAUAAAAAGUUGGAUCUAAACGAUUCUACUCCGAACACUUUUUCACUAAGACGUAGUGUAUCAGUUCGUCUAACCAAAUCCACAAGCCCCAAAAGUUCACUCAAAACCAUGGCCGCAAACAUCACUAUCUCCGAAGAAGAUAUUGCGAAUUUCUGUAGAGUCACCAACGCCAGCCCCACAGUCGCAAGAACAUACUUGACGGUAUCAGAUGGAAAUGUCGAGCAAGCUAUAACACUUUUCCUAGAAAGUGGUGGAGUCGAUCUAUCUUCACUCGUGGGCUCCCAGCAGCAAUCAUCAGACAGAGAUUUAAGCGACAUUGAUGCUGAAUCUGAAUUGGAACGUGAUGCAGCAUUUGCUAGGCGGUUGGCCGAAGAGAACAACCGUGUCGACGAUGCUGCACUCGCGAGACAGUUGGCUGAAGAGCCCGUCGACGAGAAUUAUGUACGUGCACCUAUUCCGCCAGUACGCGAAGUUUUGGUCGGUGAAUCGGAUGCUGAUGAUAGUAUAACGGAUGCUUUAUUUCGUAGUGGGUAUUAUUCGAGCUCCGAUCAAGGUCAAUCCGCCUUUGAUAUUUUAUUUAGACCUCCAUAUGAUAUUAUGCACAAAGAAGAUUUCGAAAAGACACGGGCUCGAGCCCGAAAUGAGAACAAAUGGUUGAUGGUCAACAUCCAAGCUGAUAACGAUUUUUCUUGUAUGGGGCUGAAUCGCGAUCUAUGGAGUAAUAAUACUGUCAAAGACGUGAUCAGAGCCCAUUUCUACUUUUUACAAUUUAAUAUUAAUCAUCCCGAGGGCCGAAGAUAUAAUUCUUUUUAUCCUAUUGAAAAUUAUCCACACAUUGCUAUAAUUGAUCCAAGAACUGGUGAACGUUUAAAAGUCUGGAACAAGCAAAUGGAGUCGGCAGAGUUCAUAAUUUCUGUAACUGACUUUUUGGAGCGACAUUCCCUGUCAGAUCUAUCAUCAAAAAUAAAAAUCGAGAAUGUUCGUGAAGUCAAAGGGAUCUCAGACAUGACUGAAGAGGAGCAAAUGAAUGCGGCCAUGCUAGAAUCAAUGAACAAUAGACCUUCAAUAUCCAAUAACGGCGAAGAAACGCCAAUAGUCGCCGAAACUGAAUCAACACAUGAAUCUCCGGGCACCAACACUGUGUUUGAUACCAUCAAACCUGUGCAACGAGAAGAGCCACCAGUUGGUGAAGCUAAUGUGACUCGAAUCCAGUUCCGCCUUCCAGACAGCUCAAAAAAGGUUCGUCGAUUUCGCAAAUCAGACCCUCUGCUGUAUUUAUUCCAGUAUAUAAAAUCAGAAUUUGUGCCUGAUCAGCCUUUUGAGCUUGUAUUUAACCGGCAGCAACUUAUUGAGAAAAUUGAUCAAACCAUACAAGAGGCGGGGUUAGAGAAUGCUUCAGUUAGUGUUGGCUUGUAA